AUGCCGAGAGGUGGGUUUAAUAAAGGUCUAGAAAAAGGUUUGAAGGCAGGAAAAUGUAAACUUCCAGAAGAAGAAAGGGAGAAAUAUCGAAACAUUUUUAAAAAGGUGGGCGAAGAUAAUUAUGAAUCGGCAGACGAAGGAGAGGGAUUAAAAAAGAAAAUGAUUGGUGAUGAAUACACAGAAAAUGAUGGCGGUAAAUUGCGAUAUGAACGGUUAUUUGGUUUUACCAAUAAAUUAAUUGCGAUAAUUGAACUGGAAAAAUUUUUGCUAAAAGCGGAGAAACUAUUUAAGGGAAAAGGAACUUCGGAAGAGGAUUUAGCCCGAGAUUUAAAAAAAAUUAGAGAGAUUGAAACUGAUUUGGCGGAGUUUGCUAAACCGGAACAAGAAGUAGACGAAUAUAUUCGAAAAGUUAGAGUUCUAUCUCGACCCAAUACUGAUAAUAAAACUUAUUCUGAGGAAAUCCAACGCUGUUUAAACCAGUUAAACCACCAGAAAGAAGAAACAGAAAAAGAAAUUGAGAGAGAGCAGGAGCGUGAGAAAAUUCUAAUUCUAGAAAAAAUCAAAGCAGCAAAGGAGUAUUCGGAACUAGAAAGUGCGGAUUUAUCGGAGGCGGAAAUUGACCGGAGACUUAAUGGGAAUUGUGGAAUAGUUAUCAAUGGUUUAAAAAUAUUUUGUGAUGCUAAAAAAGAAUUGUUAAAAUAUGGAUUUUUAGAUACAGUUGGGAAUUGUAAUAAAGUCCAACGAAGAGUUGAACAUAGUGAAUUGGUUGAAAUCAGAAAAAUAGUCCAAAAUACAGUUAACCAAUUAGUAGCCGAUUAUAAAACUUUUUUUAAAAAGCAUUCGGAUAUUCCCCAACCGCACCGAAAAUAUUGGGUAAAUUCUGGUCUUUCUCCUAAAAUCCCAGAGGGUUCUUUGAAGACGGAGAAAAUUGCGAAAAAAAUAACUGAAAUUCCCGGUCUAAGCGAAACCGAAUUACAGAUUGAUUAUGACAAUGCUCGUUUGGAUGAAUUGAAGCGAACGGAGAGAGAUAAUAUUCCCAACCAAGCCAUUGAAAAAUUACAGGAAGUGGUGGAAAAUCAUGGAUUAAGUGCGUGGAGAGAACCUAAAAAAACUGAAAAUGUACGUGGGGAGGAUAAUACAACUGAAACCUAUCAAAAACUUGAUGGAAAAGGAAUAUACCAAUAUACUAAAAAAACUGAGGCUGGUGAAAUAAUUGGAGAAAGUGUCCAGGAAAUGCUUUUCCAAGAAAUUGAUGACCGUUGGGAAAAUUCAAAAGAGCGUAUUGGCGAAUUAACUAAAAAAGAGCAUGAAACCGAUUUAGAAAUGAAGGAAAAGAAAUUGGAGAGAAAAUUAACGAGAAAGGAACUUCAAAAAGCAAUUGAAGAAAAAGUAUCAUUAGGAAUGUUUGGUGGUCGGUUUAGUGAUAGCAAAAAAAUCAAAGAAAAAAUUCAAACAAUUUUACAUGCUCUCCAAGAUUUAAUUCCCCAAGAUAAUAAUUCAGAUAGAAACACUUCCAUAACCGGAAAUGAUUUAUCUCCUGCUCAAAUUAAUGCUUAUAUCCUUAAUAAAGGAUUUGGACUUUCUGAAAACGAGAUAAAAGAAAUUACAGAAAAGGUUGACAACCGAGAUACUUGGAAAGCCAAAUAUCCGAAUGCUGAUGGACACCAACAAGCCGAGCAAGAACUACGGGAAACAGAACUAGCGGGGCGAAAAGCAGAGGUAGCGGUAAUGAGUUAUGAAGCGACUCACAAUGCCCUAACAGUGGCUCAAAAAGACCUAAAUGAACUUAAAACCGGAACCAAACCAACCAUGAUAAACCAUGCCAACAUUGAGGAAUUAAGAGCAGAAUUUAGGGAAACAAAACUUUCUGACCGGGAAAUAUUGGAAGAAAUCAAAAACCAAAUUAAAAGUAAAAUUGAUUUUAUUAAAUUAAACUUACCUAUUUCUUUCUCAGAAAAAUUAGUCGGCAAAAGAUUUACCGAACUGAAAAAAAUAAGUGAGAAGGGGCAAGGUUUAGUUCAAAAAUUAAAGGAUGCCGGAGAACUGCCUGAUUUAAGCGAAGGCGAAAAAAUUGCUAACCUAGUCAAAAAUGGCACAGAAGAACCUGGCACAGCAGAUACCGAAUUUGUAGAUAAAAAAACCGCCUUAUUAAAAUUUGCCAAAGAACACUAUAUCAAAAAAGUUGAAGAUUUGGGAGGUUUCACCGACUCACAAAUUAACGGUGCUUACUCCGAGGAAGAAGGAUAUAAUUGGAGAGACAAUAUUGAGAAAGGAGAGAACAUUCCUAAUUUAGUAGUUUAUGCCGAGGACUUGAUUUCAAAAAUCAAGGAAAAACUAUUAAAAAAAACUACUGAGGAAAAAGAUGAACUUUUUGAUGAAGAAGAUAAUUUUGGUUCAGAUGAGGAUAAAAUUACUUUUAAUUUCAAGGGUCAACCCUAUACUAGCCUUUUUCCCGAAGCGUUGGUUGAAGGUAUUAAAAAUACUAAAUCAUUAGUAAUUAAUUUUGAUAAAACAGAGGAGGAACAAGAAAAUGAGUGGGAAAAACAGAAGGAAAGUCUCAAAAAUUCUGCCGCCGGAGAUAUAGUAAAAAUAAAAAUUGAUGAAAAUGAUGAGUUAGAAAAUAUUUCGGUCAAGGAAACAAUAUUUAACCUAGCCAGUUAUUAUGAUUAUACAGAAAUCGUUCUCCAAGGGAAAGAAAACAAACCGGAAAAGGAUAAGUGUGAAUUAAUAAAUUAUUCUUUAAAGUUUUUACCUAGCGGUGGUAGAGUUGAGGAAAAUAAAAUUACCUUUGAAUUUGAAAGAAGUUCGAUAAUAGCCGAAGGGUUAACUUUUGAUUUUAGUGGGGUUAACCAAUUAGUAAUUAAUUUUGAUGAAAAAGAUGAAAUUUAUGGGUCAAUGCCUAGAAUAAAAUACAAAAAAGGCAAACUCGAAUUAAAAAAUUUUGUUGCGGGAGAUACAGUUGAAAUUGAGGGAACCGAAGCAUUCAGGGAGGAGUUUAACAAAAUUUUAAAUCAAAUUGUAAAAACAACUGAAUGUGAGAAAUUGGAUAACCCGGACUUCCAAGAUACGGAAAUUGACCGAAAACUUAAUGGGUCUGAUAAUGCCGAUGAAAUUCAAGAUAAAUUUCCAGAAUCCUUACGAGACUCAGUUCCCGGAGAAACUUCCGAAAAUAAAUUAAGCGGUGAAGAAUUAACCGGACUUCAAUUUAUUACUACUAAUCGUUUAGAAGUAAUUAAUAUUGCGAAAAAAAUAGACAAAAUUUUAGGGUCGGGUGAGGAAGAUUUAAAUAAAUAUAAUGAUACUUUUUUCAGCGGUUUAAGAGAAAGAGGAGAUAUCCCCCUUCAAGUUAUUGAAAAAUUAGCCCAAGUGGUUAAAAACCAUGAAUUAAGUGCCAAAAAAAUACCGAGAAAAGGCACUGUCGGUGUAUUAAAAAAAAUUUUUUACGAAGAUAGCGAGUGCGAUAAAGCAUUAAAAAAUGGCUGGCAAGCCGAUUGGCGAAGCGGUAGAGAUGCUAAAAACGAGAAAGCGGCGGAAGAAAUUGAUAAUAAAAUUAAAUCCUUGGAAAAAAAUAAAGAUUCAAAAAAAGCUUUUUCUGAGAAAAUAGCAAAAGAAGCAAUUACGAGAGUAAAAAAAGAAUUAUUAGGUUUAAUUAAAAGGCAAAAUGAAAGAUUUUUCCAAGACAUUGUUCAGAAAAUUGUCAAAAGCGAAAUUAAGAAUAUUACAGCAAUUCCUCCGGUUUAUGCUAGUAGCAAUAAUCUCCGAAAUCUAUUAGAUUUACAAAAAGUUAUAAAGGCAGCCCAAGAAGCCGAGAAAAAAAUCAGAGAACUUCCCGACUCUAACCUUCAAAUCCAAAUUGAGGGAUUAAAAAAAUACCAAGAGCACUAUAUCAAAAAAGUUCAGCAAAAAGCCCGCCAAGAUUUACAAACUAAGAUUGAGAAAGGGAUAAAGGAAAGUAGAAGUUUAUCAUUCCGGGAUAUUAUUCCAAUUGGUAAAAAAGAUACUAAUUUAACCAAUAUCCAAACAAUUUUACACGCUCUCCAAACUUUAAUACCGAAAGAUAAUAAUCCCACUCCCUCUCCAACUGAUAAUGCUCCUGAGUACGGAAAUAAAAAAUUAUCUCCCGCCCAAAUUGCGGCUUAUGCUUUCAACCAAGAAAAAGCUGAUGCUCGUGAACUAGUCUUAUUAAAAAUGGAGGCGGUUUUUGUCGACCACGAAAAAGAACUAUGGGGGUUUACCCUUUCUGAAAAAGAGAAGGGUGAAAUAGAAGCAACAGGGGUUGACAAAAAGAAAUUAAUAGAAAUUCAGAAAAAUUUCCGUCUUGCCCACAACCCGGUCGAGGGACCUAAUAAAGCCGAAGAAGUUUAUAAAAAUGCUCUGGCGAAAGAUGCUGAGGUGCGGAAUAUUGAGGAUGGAACACAAAAAAAGAAUUGGAAAAUUGUAGCAGGUUCCACUGCCGCAAUUAAAAAUGCCGAAAUAAUUUGGAAUAAUGGUUGGAGAGAAAUCAAAGGGACAGCAGAAAAACCGCUAAAUGAAAAUCGUAUGAGUGCUUUCGGACAUGGAUUUAGUAAUGAGGUUAAACCACUUACUCACCGCCGAGAAGAUGUUGAUAAAGUUUUAGAAUUAUAUUCCAAAUUAAAUGUAAGAAAUGGUUCUAUUACUAAUUUAACUGACUUGCGAAAUAAUAUUAACUUGAAUAAUUUAGGUUAUGCUGAGGAAUAUGUUCCUAAUGAGGUUAAUUAUGAUAAAAUUAGAGAAUGUGAGGAAGCCAAAAAUGAUUACUGCCGAGCAUGUUUGGCUUUACCUAAUUUAGCCUUAGCCAAAAAUGGAGUUUCCGAGCGAGAAAUAGUUGAUAAUGAAAUAGUUAAUAACCUAAAUAUCAAUCCCUACCAAGUUAAAAAACAAACCUUAGAUUUAGCAAGAGAUUUAUUAAUGGAUAUUAACAAUAAAACUAGUUCUACCGAACUUUCUCCUUAUCCUCGAUUUGGUGAGAUUACGGGUUUAUUACCGGCCGAAGGUGGGCUUGACGAAACAGAUUUGCCGGUGGACAAUACAGAGGAAUAUAGGAGUAUAGAGGACGGGGAUGGAAAUCUUGUUUUUUAUGCCCAAAUUGAGUUUCUUGCGGCUAAUGCUGAGAAAGUGGUUUCGUUAGUCAAAAAUGGAGUAUUGGCAUACUACCAAAAUGGCAUUCCGGCCGACCGGGCUCCCAUUAUUGCCUCCUAUAUUUCGCCUACCAGCGGAGAAAUUGAACCUAGUUUUGACGGAGUGAAAGUUGAGCGUGGCGAGUUAGAGAAAGUAAAUGCGAUAAUUAGAGAAAUCGAAGGGGCAACUCUUUCGGGUAUAAAAAAUAGAGAAGAGAGAAAAAAUAUUGAGCGUAUAACUAAAUAUAAUGAAGCAAAGCAAAAACAAAAAGAAGCCAAAGUUAAACCAGAUAUCACCGAAAUUGAAAAUGAGUUAAACCAAAAACCGGUUAUUUUGGCUCGCGAUUUAACUAAUUCUAAUUAUCGGAAUCAAUUAAUUAACUUAGCCGACCGAGACAGCGAGCGAAAAACCUACAAACAAACCGUAAUAGCAGAAAUUACUCAAAAAAGAAAUGAUAAAUUAGCCCAAGUCCGCCAAAUAAUUGCUAACGCUCAAAUUAUUUUCGCUAAAACCAAGCCAACUAAGGUUCAAUUAGAAAAAGCGGUUAAUGAUUUAAAAACAUUGACCCAAGCAGCAGUAAAUAGUGCUGAAAACUUGGUUUGGAAAGAAAAAGAAAGUGAAAACCAAAAAUUAUUAACUGAUUUAGAAGGAAAAUUAAGCAAAUUUGUUCCACCCCGGCCAACCCCUCUCCCACUGCCCCAACCAGAAAAUCUCCCUCCUCCUCCCACUCCUAAUGCUCCUUUAACUCCGAAGCAAAAAGAAGUUUAUGAAAAUCAACGAAAAAGUCGCCAAGAAGUAGUGCAAAAAUGGGAAGAAGUUAAACAAGAAAUCCAACGUGAAACCUUAGCGGAAAUUCAAGCCUGUCAAAAAGUUUGUGCUCUGCCCCAAAAACCUAAACUGAGCGAGGAAUGUCAGAAACCCGAAAACGAAAGAAUAGUCGGGAUUUACUUUUCUCCUAAUCGAGGUGGCAAUCGGCACGCUCCACUUAGUUAUGCCGAAACCGUUAAUCCAAGCAGUCUGAUAUUAGAAAAAGACAAUCAAGGAGAAAUCUAUCAAGAGCACUCAGUUUCCAAUAUUGAACCGAUUAAUUGA